AUGAUGGUUGUUCUGGUUGUCAUUUGGCUCAUUAUUCUCCCUCUCUCAUUAGAGGCUCCAUCAGUAUUCCCAAUGGUUUUAGGUCCCUGGGGUUCAGCCUUGAAAUUUGGAUGGAAGAGCGGAAUCUUUGAGGGAGUGGGGUACCGUAUAUGGCCCGGAGAGUAUGAUACAGCAAGUGUGAAAACUGAAGGAAGAGCUGCCGCUAUUGAAACUGAAGUUAUCUCAAACAUCUGA